ACGUCGUAUUUUCUUCCACUCUGCCUGCCUGAUACCGAGAGCCAUUCGAAAUAAACAAGAGAAAGGGGCCAUUGUGCGACCCUGCUCCAGUGUCACGCUCAUCAUCCAUCGAUUAAGAAGGGGGAUAUACACCUUAGUAUAAUACAUAAACAAAUACCAAGUAAUGUAUCUGUCUUGCUGAAACCGUAUCAUUUUUUUGUACUUUUCUACCGCUACCAUAACAGUUUGGCUUGGACAAAGAGUUCUCCUUUGAAGUUGUACUGAGGACCACGAAGGGGGCCGGCCUCCGAGAGCUAUGGACAUUGUCCAGAGUCCCCCCCCCCCCAUGGCUGGCCCAUAGGCAACCGGGAAGCAACCAGCUAGCGCGUCACCCUCCGCUCACAGCGACCAAACCAGCCCCCGACCCGCCGUCGCCAUGGCGAGCAAGAGGAAGUCCACCGUCCCGUGCAUGAUCCCCACCAAGCGCGUGCACCUCCGGGAGGAGCUGGAGCAAGAGCCCCCCGUCCUGGUCCGUCAGGCCUGGGGCUCCGCGGGGGGGCGGCACAGCCCCCUAGACCACGGGGGGGAGGGCGGCAAGCAGGAGGUGGGGGAAGGGGCCGGCACCUACACCUGCAGGCCCUGUAACUUUGAGACCCACGACCUGAACCUCUUCCUGGACCACGUCUACAGCGGGCACCCGGACUUCCGCGCCGACCCCAGCUUCCUGUGCGUGGACUGCGGCGCGUCGGCGCCAAAGUUCGAGGGGCUGGCGCUCCACAACGCCCGCGUCCACCCCAGCACGAUGAACACCACCCUGCAGCUGCGGAGGAGGGAGCGCCGGGUGGUGGUGGAGCAGAACCUGGUGGUCGAGCCGGACGCGGCGAGGGACUCUGAGAUCUCCAUCACCAAGACCCCUAUCAUGAGGAGGCUGAAGGGGAGGUCCGAGGCCAAGCGGAUCGUGGUGUCCCACGCGGGCUCGGACGACUCCUCCUCCUCGGACACCGUCACCGUCUCGUCCUCGAGGCUGGUGGAGAGGAAAGACACUCCGACCGUGACGGUCACCCACGUCCCCACCAUCGUUCACAACGGCGUCACCAAGGUGUCCCUGCCCUCGGCCAUCCAGAUAGUCAACGGCUCGGGGUCGCUGCCCAUGCUGAAGACGGCCAUCACGCAGGUGGUGUCAGUGGUGCAGAACAGAACCUUUCACCAGUCUUCCCCCAUCACGGUGUCUUCGGGCUCGUCCAACUCUUCCUCGGCUUCUUCUAAAAACCUACCCAAGGUCAUGAUUCCUCUGAGCAGCAUCCCCACCUACAGCGCCUCCAUGGACUCCUCGCCCUACCUCAAGACCUCUUUCAGCAAGUUCUCGUACCCCACCAAGGCGGAGCUCUGCUACCUGACCGUGGUCACCAAGUUCCCGGAGGAGCAGAUCAAGAUCUGGUUCACCGCCCAGCGGCUGAAGCAAGGCAUCAGCUGGUCCCCCGAGGAGAUCGAGGACGCCAGGAGGAAGAUGUUCAACACCAUCAUACAGACGGCGCCCUCCGGCUCCAACCACCAGCGGCAGACCUCCAACCAGCACACCAUCACCGUCCUGCCCGCCACGGGGAUCCCCCACAUCCUGCAGGGCUCCCUGGUCAGCCAGGGCGGCGUGAUCGUCACCCAGCCCAUCAUGGCAAACGGUUUCCAAGUCAGCGGCCCGCCCAUAUCCCUGGCGGUGACGCCCAAGCCCCAGGCGACGGCCCGGCCCAUGAUGCAGGCCCGGCCCGCGGCCGCCCUAGUGGCGGACAAGGGGAUCAGCAUGGUGGUGGGGAGCAGCAGUAACGGGAGCAACGUGAUCAUCAACAGCAGUAGGAGCCUCGUAGGGGGCGCCACCAGUAUUAUCAGCCGUUUCAGCGGGAGCAACGGGAUCCGUAGCAGCACCGCCGCGAGCGGUCAGGCGAGCGUCAUCAACCUGAGCCUCGGCAACAGCAACCACGGCAACACCAACGGCAAGAUCAACAUCGUCAACGGCAAAGUGAGCCGUGCCGUUGUCGACGCGAUCAACGGCAAGAGCGACGGUGCCGUCGACUCGGCCAAAAGCAGCAGCAGCAGCAGCGGGGGCGGCGACAUUAAGAAGGUUCAGGUUAUCCAAGCCAGUGCUGUCAAGAGCGCCGCUGCAAAUAGGCCGAGCACUGAUGUCAAAAACCCCACGGACAGCAAGGGCGCCGACGGCGGCAACAGCGGCGCAAACAAAGGCAUCGCCAGCGAGAUCGUCGCCCCGACGAGCGUCUCCAUGCAGGCGGUCUCCACGGCGACCGGCUCCCCCUCGGCCCUAAAAGCGGAGGCCGCCUCCUCCUCCUCCCCGGCCUCCAAGUCCGCCUCCCCCUCCCCCGCCUUCCACCCGAGCGGCGCGCCGGGCUCCCGCACACCCAACGCCCUGCUGGACGCCAGCUGCAGCAAGGCCAAGAAGUCCCAGGAGCAGCUGAACGCGCUGAAGGACAGCUUCGUGGUCAACCAGUUCCCCGACAACGACGAGGUGGACCGGCUCAUCUCGCUGACCGGCCUCACGGUUCGAGAGGUGCGAAAGUGGUUCAGCGACCGCCGCUACCACUUCCGCAACCUCAAGGGGUCCCGCACCAGCGCGGGGGCAGGAGGAGGAGGAGACGGCGGCGGUAAGAAGGGGGGUACACCCGGAGCUGGGGGCGCGGCGGGCGCGGCGGGCGGGGGCGGCGGCGGCGGCGGCGGUGACUUGGACGUUCCCGAUGGCAACGCCGGCGCCAGAACCCCCCAGCAGGCCUCGGCACCGCUGAGCCCCAGUCCCUCGCAGACCCCCACGUCCCCCACCACGCCGUCCCGCCGGACCCCCAGACCGCCCUCUCCAGACUUCACCGCCAUUCGCUACAAAGAGCGAGAGCCUCACCAGCUCAAGGCUCUGGAGGCCAGCUUCGCCCAGGAGGCGGAGCCCUCCGGGGAGGAGGUGGACCGGCUGCGGGCCGAGACCAAGAUGACCCGGCGCGAGAUCCACGGCUGGUUCGCCGAGAAGAGGAAGAAGGUGGCCGCCGAGCGCAAGCGGGAGGAGGCGGAGCGGGCGGCGAGGGACGCCGCCGACGACACGGAGCCCAAGGAGGGCGCCGACGGGACGACCGCCGCCGACGGCGUGCGGCGAGAGGAGGCCGAGGACAAACAGAAGGAGGACGGCCCGGGGGAACCCAAGGUCAACCCCAUCAAGAUCAACCUGAAGAUGCUCAAGGUGACCGAGGCCAACGGCAAGCCCGAGGGCGAGGGCUCGGAGGCGGCCGGCGUUCCUCCUCUCCCCGCCGGAGCCUCGCCCUCGCCCUCCCCGGCCCUUCCCUCAUCCGCCACCACUAAACAGCCUCAAUCCCAGUCCCCGAGACCCUUGGCCUCGGCCGGCACCACCACCACCACCACCACCACCGCGGCGGCGGCGGGCGCCAUCAUGCCUAAACCCUCCCCUCUCCGGGGCAAAAAGACAGCGGAGCAGCUACACCUCCUGAAGCAGGUGUACGCCCGCACCCAGUGGCCCAGCGCCCCCCAGUACGACGAGCUGAUCAAGGGCACGGCGCUGCUGCGGCCCGAGGUGGUGCGCUGGUUCGGGGACUGCCGCUACGUGCAGAAGAACGGGCAGCUCAAGUGGCUGGAGGCCUACCAGAGCAUGGUGCUGGAGGAGGACCUCCAGAAGGACAGCGCGCAGACCCUGCAGACCCACCUGGACGCCCACGGAGGCCUGGAGGACCCACAGGUGAAGGAGCUCUCCCAGGCCAGCGGCCUCACAGAGGACCUGGUGCGCUACUGGUUCUCCACCAAGACCACCCCUCUCCCGCCUCCCCCACAAGCCCAGGCAGAGGCCGCGGCUCCGGACAGGACGGGGCACGUUUCACCAGGGACGGCCGCAGCAACGGAAACGCACGAGAAACCAGAGAGAACCGGAGCCUCCGAGUCCCCGCCGCUGAAAGCCCCGGGGGAGAGUGAGGAGCCGAAGGCUGACGGAGGAACAAAGGAGGUGGAGGAGGAGGAGGAGGAGAAGGAGGAGAAGAGCAGUGAGCCGACGCCUUCUAAAGGAACAGAUUGAAGCUGGGUUGGGGGGCGUCUACGAUGCAGGUGGUCUGUUCAUAGUAGGGGCAGAAGACAGCAGAUGUGAUUGUAACAAGAUCACUGGGUACGCACCCCGGAGCCCCGCCCAGAAACCCCUUCUCCCCACCAUGUGGAACGGACACUCUAGUGACUAUAGCCCCCCUCCUGUACAGCUGACCCCCACCGACCAUCCACCACCACCACCCCUGGUCGCCUGUACGUUCACACCUUGCACGUUUUCUACUGUCCUCCGAGCCGCCAUUUUCCCUUUUUCCAAGGAGGAUCCUGUGAGGGACCAGUGAAGGGAGGGAGGGGGUGGGGGGAGGGGGGGAGGGAGGGGAUUGGCUGAGGGGGUGGGGGGUACUGGCUGUGUUUGUUCCGCCUGCCUGCAGCCAUGGCUGAACUAGGGGCGGGGGGGGGGGUAGGGGUAGGGGCGGGUGCAGUCGGGACUGACUUGCCGGGCCGGGGGUGUUACAAAGCCUAUACAGUCGGCGGACAUCAGCCAAGUCUACCCCGAGCCGUAGAGCUGUUGGCGUACUUAGAGAGAGACCUUUUUGUUGAGGGGUUUGAAACUCAAAACUGCACAGCUCUUUCAAAGGAAGGUGCUUGCCCAGGCCUUAACAUGUAAAAUUACCCCUAUUUUUUUUCUUUCAUCCGUGUCUUAACCACACAAUUUCCGUUCUGCGACAAUGCACACAUCCACUUUGGUUGAUUUUGCUUACAGCUUACCUUGAUUGUGUUGGGGAAGCUGUUUGCACUGCAUCAUGGGAUAUCAAUACACUGCUGAUGUUUAUUAGACUGUUCGGUUUAUAAAUUUAGCAUAAAUCUGUUCACUUGCUUUUCGGUACUUUGUUGUCCAGGCCCAUCUGCUUAAAAUGGACAUGUAACGGUUAGAUAAAGUAGGGGGAAAAAGGCUGGAGUUGUGUCAGUAAGCACCCUAGUCUGUUAACAGAAUGCAACACAAGGAGUUGGGACUGAAACGUUUGUUUAUUAGCAUCAAGUGCUUCUUUGCGUCACGGACGUGUACCUAUGUAUGUUUUUAUGGAACUUUCCUAUGUAAUAAAUCCAACUGUAAAAGAACUUUGAAUCUUUACGGGAGUUCCUAGGCCUGAUGUACUUUUUACAGAUAUUUGCAGAAUAAAAUAAAUGGAACAUAAUGCUUUGUUUGAAUUGUAGGUGUACAGCCACCAUUAGAGGGAGCAAGACCAAUAUCAAUAUCAUAAUUACCAGCCAAUUGAGCUAGGCAUACCUGUAUCCUACCAUUUCAAUUUGCCUUUUGAUCCAGACGUUAGUUAUCAAACUAUGAUCAGGACACAUGUUUUUCUGUUCCCGUUAUAAUCCAACUUAAACUGGUGGCUAAACUGCAGAUCCCAAUGUGUGUGCAGGUGUGUCACACCAAAAAAAAUAAAAUUAACCUUAGUUGAAUAAGUACUUUAUUUAAUGUUCAGGCUUGAAUACGUUUCAUAUGAAAAAGGCAAAUUUAAAAUGAAUACUUUUCUUCUCCAUAGCUUAGGCACGUUAAAACCAAAAAGGCGUUUGCAAAUGAGACAAGUCGGUUACAAAAAAUUCUGACCAACAAAACAUGUCACUGGGUUCCACUACGUGAUUAAUGUGGCAAAACAGGUGAGCAUGGACACACGCAGACAGGCACAUUGACAUCAGCCGGCCGCUCGGCCGCAGGAGCGUUGCAGCAUUGGAGGGAAACAUCGCAGCAACACACAUCAGUCACCAGAUCAAGGGGGCAGGGGGAUUGUAUCAGGGUGCGAAUGCUUUGUGUUCAAACUAAUUCUUGAAACCUCGGGCAUUAGUAGGCAAUUAUGCCCCUUAACUAGUUCUUACCAUUAUGGCUUUGGAGUUCUGAAUAUAAAUACUGAGUUAGCAUAUUAUCAAUUAACAAUUUGAUGCACAUAUACAGCCAAGGAGGGAGAUCGGGGAUGAAGAGAUGACAAAAGCUGUUAAUUCACACAAGCGUUUCUCAAAGUUUACUUAAAGGUGACAAGACUAUGCAACAAGUAUAGUCUUGCCCCAGCAUAGUCUUGUUUCUCAAGACUUGGUACAACACUGCUGCAAGUUAUAAAGCUUCUUCCUCCAAACUCGCAUUUUAAAAUAUGGAUGCAAUGAUCUAAAAAAGGUUAAGUUCAGAAGGAUCAACGCUAGACUGAUUGUUAGCCUCGAGUGUCUGGAAGCAAAACACUCGACUUCAACGGAAACAUUUCAUAAAAAUCAUAAAACUUUUUUUUUUAACAGUGUUUGGGGAAUGCAUUUUUACUGUCACAUUAACACAUUUUAAAACCAACUCUGAAAUUAAAUAUCCUACAAAUGCAGUGCAGUAAAUACAUAAAACUAUACAGGACGACAUGAGGCUUUCUGCUUUGUACUGGCAAAACCUAUUAAGCCAUUUAUCAAUUAGCAUUCUGUUCGAGAUUAAAACAUGACCAAACAUGAACACCAAUGUGACGAGAAGCUCCAACUGUACACAACAGACCACAGAAUCACUUUGGAGACGAUCUUUAAAAAACAAAAUCCAAAACAUUUCCAUCGGCAACUAAAUCUAAAUCCAAUGAGAAGUUGUGUUUUGCAUCAUCGGUUCUAUGGCUUUAACUGUUAUAGGGAAUGUUUAGUACAAUGAGGGGGAAAAAAAGGGUGAAUAUACCAAUUCAUAAUACUUCACAAUUAAGUCAGACAUUCCCGAAAAAAUAAAAUAAAACUAAACAAUGGGAAUGCAAGGCUGCCAAAGAAACAGAACAUUUGUAAGAUGCGAUUUUAGCUUUAAUAGUCAACAUCGAACAUAAAAAAAAUAUCCAAUGUUUUGGGAUGUUUACCUUUAGAUAUUGAACGGUUGAUAUGAAUAAAAAAAUAAUGGUUUAAAAGUGCUGCAAAACGACUCUGGUCAAAGGACAUUGGUACGGUUAGUAAAAGAAUCAGGAUGAUGCAGCCGCGACGCAACACAACCAGGCAACCUCCCGGUGAUUCCACAAGGACAGGAUGCAGGAUGUCUGUGUGUGUGUUUGUGUGCGAGUGAGAAAGUGUGUGUGUACACGUGUGAAAUUGGCAACAUAGGUGCUUCCAUAAUAUGUUGGAAUAACACUAUUAAAAAUAGCCAUAGAGAGCCCUCGUGUUUAGCGCAUAUACAGCAAAAAAAAAAGAGAGAAAAA